AUGCCUAUUCAACGUUUUUUAAAUCCAGCUCAUACCGAAAUUAAAUACAAACAAUUACGAUUUUUAAUAACUGAUUGUCCCGAUGAUGAUUUAAUGACGAAUUAUAUUGAUGCAUAUCAAAAAUUCGGUGUGACAGCCGUUGUUCGUGUGUGUGAACAAAAUUAUGAUAAAACACCUAUUACAAAUGCUGGAAUGAAAUUUUAUGAUCUUGUAUUUCCCGAUGGCACAGCACCAGAUACCCUUGUUCGCGAAAAAUGGGUUAAUAUUAUUAAAGAAAAUAUUCGCGAAAAUCCAAAUAGUUGUAUUGCCAUACAUUGUGUUCAUGGUUUAGGACGAUCACCUGUAAUGGUCGCAUUGGCAUUGCGAGAAGCGGGCAUGUCAAAACAAGAUUGCAUCGAUUUAAUAAAAGCAAAACGUCGAGGAAGUUUUAAUUUACGACAAUUAGAAUUUUUACAAAAAUAUCGUCCUAAUCAUCGUUUAUCAGUUGAUAAACAAACAAUGUGCACUCUCAUGUAA